CACGUGACAUUCCCCCGACCAGUGUGCAAAACAGACACAUAUCUUCUUAGUAAAACAACCGUCGUAUCCAAAAUUCCCAAAACUGGUGGAGCGCCGAGGACACAACAACACCCCAACGGCGCAAUUUAGCAACAACAACUCCACUCGAAACGGCACAGCACAACCAUCGAUUCCGAUCCAAUACGACGCCGUAACUGUGAAGCCUCUGUUAUGGAGAAGAUGCAGUAUGCGGAGGAGCUGGUGAGGGAGUUUCUGGUGUUCAGAGGAUUCACUUACACUCUUGAAGCUUACGAGACAGAAUUGCGAACCGACAUUGGUAAAGGGUUUGAGGUUGACAAGAUUCUUGACCUAAUCUUCUCUGUCUAUGUUCCCAAGUUUCAGGCUGAUAAGUUGGUUUCUCUGCUCGGUUUCUUCAAACACUAUCUCUCCUCUUCUUCCCAAACGACACUCGUUUCCACCUUGUCUAAGUUGGAGGCUUCUCUUCUAAGGUUCUACGUCGUUCAUGCCUUGCAAUCAAAUCGUAGCGACAAAGUUGUUGAGUUUUUCGCAGUCAAUGGCACUGACUUAUUGCAAAGAUCACAGGAUUGGACUCAAUGGUUUGCAAUUCCUUAUAUCAAGAAUCCACACUUGGAUCCCGAAUUUCGAAUCUUUUUCUCCAAGGAGUGGUAUCAGGCCUUGCAUCUUUCUGUCAGAAACUUCUUGAGUGAGAUCUUCAAUGGCACUCGUCUACCUGCUCUGAUGAAGAUCAGUUCAGAGAUGAAUGCUACCAACGUACUCAAAAGAGAUAUCAUUCACCUAAAUCUUAAAUUGUCACAACUUCAGGCUUUAAUUGAUGAAAAGGAGGCACAGUUAUGCCAGUUUAGAAGAGUGGAAGGAAGUUUUAUUUCAUCGAGCAAUUUGCGUGAAGAAAGUGCUCACAUCUCAAAAGAUUCUCCGGAGGUUUUUCCAACUGUUAUUCCACGAGCAGGUCAAACAGAGAUUAGCCAAGAUUCAGUUGUGGAUGGACCUGGAUAUAUUCAGUCUGAGUAUAUCAGCUCCAAGUCUGGGGAUGAUUCAACUUUCCUAUUGAAUGACCAACUAGGAAAUGGUGGAGCUGGUGAUACCACUCAAAAAGAAAACAAUGGGGAAGUUUACAGGGAAGAAGAUUUUGCUGAGGUCAAAGUAGAGCACCAGGAGACAUUUUUGGGGCACACUAGUCCAAUCAGCAGAUGCCGCUUCUCUGCAUCCGGGAAUAAUAUCGCUAGUGCUUCCCUCGAUGGAACUGUCAGGAUAUGGACAUAUGAUACAUCAACUCCAGUGUCUAGAAAUGCAACCAUAUAUUGUGGCACUGAAAUUUUGUCGCUUGAUUGGGAAUGUAAAUCAGACCGCUUGCUUCUAAUAGGUACAUCGGAUGGGUGCAUUAAGGCAUGGAAUGUGGAUGCAAAGAGAGUUGUCUGUGACCUCAACACAACUGAAGCAUUUCCAAGUGUAUUGGACAUAAAGUGCAGUCCUGUGGAGCCUAUUUUUGUGUCUGCAGCAGCAUCUGGAGGGGCUGGUUCCAACUAUUUUGACAACCUGGGUUUCGCUUCGCUAACUGUGUGGAACAUGAAGACAUGGAAAGCCAUGACAGCCCUUCCUCUUGGAGAAGAUCCGCCAGCAAUUACUUCUUUAUGCUUUAAUCACAAUGGGAAGAUUUUAGCAGCUUCCGCUGUUGAUGGAAUGAUUCACAUGUUCGACAUGUCUGCUGGACUGCAAAUUACUGGCUGGCCUGCACAUGAUUCUUCUAUCAGUUCUAUUCUUUUUGGACCAGAUGAGACUAGCAUUUUUAGCCUGGGCUCUGAUGGGAAGAUUUUUGAGUGGAGUUUGCAAAAUCAAGGUCAAAUCCUGUGGUCAAGAGACUGUAGUAGGUUCUGUUACCCCGUCUAUGGUUCAAGAUAUUGCAGACAUGAGAUGGCGUUAGAUGCAAAUGGGAGGAGACUCUUGGUAACAUCAAGCUCAGAUAGAGCACCCAUAUAUCAGGUUCAGGGUCAUUUGAGUGGAUGGAGAACACUUCCUCACGGUGCUCCAAUUACUGCUGUGGAUUGGCAUCCGACCUUGCCCAUUUUCUUGACUGGAUCAGCUGAUAACUCUGUCCGAGUAACAUCUUUAUCGUAGUACAACAUUAUAUCUCGGAGUUUUUCAUUCUUUCUUUAGUGAGUAUUUAACUAGGUUCUAUUCGAUUUUUAUGUUGUAAUAUAUUGCCUAACCGUUGAUUUCCGCCCAUCAACGGUUAUUAUUUAUUGGAAAUUAAUAAUUCAUUAAUAAAUUUAAUUUCCAAUAAAUAAUAACCGUUGAUUGACGGAAAUUAAUGUUUAGGAUUUGGUGUCAAAGGAUCCAGCUAUAUAUAUAUAUAUAUAUAUAUAUAUAUAUAUAUAUAUAUAUAUAUAUAUAUGGGAAAAGAUUUUUUGAUAUCUCAUCUAAGAGCCGUCAGAUCAAGCCAGAUCAACGGUGUUACAUGCUUAUAAAUCAGAAUCCUUAAAUCAAAGCAAGAUCAACGAUUCUUGGAUGAGGUGUCAAACUACUUUUUGUUUGACACAAUGUCAAAGAAUUCUAUAUAUAUGUAAGCAACUGAUCUAUGCUGUCGGUGUAUUUCUGACUCUGCAAGUGGGAUGUUCAUAUUUACGCAAUUGGUUUGUAUGUAUAUUCAUACCUUUUUGAGAGUUUAGUCAUUUCUC